GAAAUGUCUGCUGCCACCAAUCUACAGUUUGAAGAUCAGUUUCUGUGCUCCAUCUGUCUGGAUGUGUUCACGGAUCCGGUCACCACAUCAUGUGGACACAACUUCUGCAAAAAAUGCAUCACUCAGCACUGGGAUGUUAAUUCCAGAUAUUUCUGUCCCAUGUGUAAAAUGGGAUUCAGGAACAGACCUCAACUGACAGUCAACACCGACAUCUCUGACAUGGUUGCUCAGUUCAGACAUGAAUCUCAGUGGAAAUCCUGGAAGGCUCUCUUACUGAAAUGCCUUAAGAGGUUUUCAUUAUGGAUGAUCAAGGUUGACACUGGAACUAAACUGAUGGCCCUAAUGUCGUGUCUGGUUUGUCUGCUUUGCCUGUGUUUCUACUGUCAGACUCACCUGGAGCCUCAUGUCACAAUAUCAGGCCUAUUAAGACAUCAGCUGAUUGAGCCUGUGGAGAACCUGGAAAGCAGGAUGUGCAGGAAACACGAUAAACAUCUGGAGCUGUUCUGUAAGACCGACCAGACAUGUAUCUGCGUGCUCUGCUCUGUUUUAGAUCACAAGAACCACGAGUUUGUUCCUCUGAGAGAAGAAUAUGAAGGAAAGAAGGCAGAGCUGGAGAAGACACAAGCUGAAACUCAGCAGAUGAUCCAGAAGAGACGACUGAAGAUUCAUGAGAUCACAGAGUCGGUGAAGAUGAGUAAAGAUGCUGCAGACAGACAGAAAGCAGAAGGUGUUCAGGUCCUCACGGCUCUGAUGGAGUCUGUUGAGAGACGCCUGAAGGAGCUCAUGAAGGAGAUCGAAGACAAACAGGAAACUACAGAGAAACAGGCUGAAGGUCUCAUCAAAGAUCUGGAACAGGAAAUCUCUGAGCUGAUGGAGAGAAGCUCUGAGGUGGAGCAGCUCUCACACUCUGACGACCACCUCCACCUCCUCCAAAGCUUCUCCUCCCUGAAAGCUGCUCCACCCAGCAAGGACUGGACAGAGGUCAGAGUCCGUCCACCAUCAUAUGAGGGGACUGUGGGGAGAGCUGUGGCUCAGCUGGAGAAGACACUCAGUAAAGACAUGAAGAAGCUGUUUGAGGCAGAGCUGAAGAGGGUCCAGCAGGAUGGAGUGGACGUGACUCUGGAUCCUGAUACAGCAAAUCCUUAUCUCAUCCUGUCUGACGAUAGAAAACAAGUGAAGUGUUGCUAUGUGACAAAGAUGCUUCGAGACAACCCAAAGAGAUUUACUUACUUUGUUGAUGUUUUAGGAGAGCAGAGUUUCUCUUCAGGCAGAUUUUACUUUGAGGUUCAGGUUAAAGGAAAGACUGACUGGGAUUUAGGAGUGGCCACGGAGUCGAUCAACAGGAAGGGACACAUCAGACUGAGAUCUCAGAACGGUCUCUGGACUGUGUGGCUUAGAAAUGGAAGUGAAUCAUACCUCCACCUCUCCAUGCUCUACUCCACCUGCAAACAAGGAGCUCAGAGCUGA